AUGUGGAAUCAGACUGUGUUAGAAGGAACAUGCACUCAUCUACAGUUGUCCCUAUCUAACUCUGCCUGUCUCUCUAUCACUGUUCCUAUGUAUGUCUCUCUAUCGCUAUCUAUUUAUCUAUCUCUAUCUGUGUCUAUUUAUCUAUCUAUCUCUGUAUCUAUCUAUCCAUGUGUGUGUCUCACUAUCUAUCUGUCUGUCCCUGUGUGCGUCUCUCUCUAUCUGUCUGUCCCUGUGUGCGUCUCUCUCUCUCUCUAUCUGUCUCUAUGUGUGUCUCUCUCUAUCUAUCUAUCUGUCUCUAUGUGUGUCUCGCUAUCUAUCUAUCCAUGUGUGCGUCUCUAUCUGUCUGUCCCUGUGUGCGUCUCUCUCUCUCUAUCUGUCUCUGUGUCUCUCUCUAUCUAUCUAUCUGUCUGUGUGUCUCUCUCUAUCUAUCUAUCUGUCUGUGUGUCUCUCUCUAUCUGUCUCUAUGUGUGUCUCUCUCUAUCUAUCUGUCUAUGUGUGUCUAUCUGUCUAUGUGUGUCUCUCUCUAUCUAUCUAUGUGUGUCUAUCUGUCUAUGUGUGUCUCUCUCUAUCUGUCUAUGUGUGUCUAUCUGUCUAUGUGUGUCUCUCUCUAUCUAUCUGUCUAUGUGUGUCUAUCUGUCUAUGUGUGUCUCUCUCUAUCUAUCUGUCUAUGUGUGUCUCUCUGUGUCUAUCUGUCUAUGUGUGUCUCUCUCUAUCUAUCUCUAUGUGUGUCUCUCUCUAUCUAUCUAUCUCUCUCUAUGUGUCUCUCUCUCUAUCUAUCUGUCUCUAUGUGUGUCUCACUAUCUAUCCAUGUGUGCGUCUCUCUAUCUGUCUGUCCCUGUGUGUCUCUCUCUAUCUGUCUCUGUGUGUCUCUCUAUCGCUCUCUGUGUCUCUCUCUAUCUAUCUGUCUGUGUGUGUCUCUCUCUAUCUGUCUAUGUGUGUCUCUCUCUGUCUCUAUGUGUGUCUCUCUCUAUCUGUGUGUGUCUCUCUCUAUCUGUCUCUAUGUGUGUCUCUCUCUAUCUGUCUCUAUGUGUGUCUCUAUCUGUCUAUGUGUGUCUAUCUGUCUAUGUGUGUCUCUCUCUAUCUGUCUCUAUGUGUGUCUCUCUCUCUCUAUCUAUCUGUCUAUGUGUGUCUCUCUCUCUCUGUCUCUAUGUGUGUCUCUAUCUAGCUAUCUAUCUGAGUGUCUCUCUCUAUCUAUCUGUCUAUGUGUCUCUCUCUCUAUCUAUCUAUCUGUCUAUGUGUGUCUCUCUCUAUCUAUCUAUCUAUCUGUCUAUGUGUGUCUCUCUCUAUCUGUCUCUAUGUGUGUGUCUCUCUCUAUCUAUCUAUCUGUCUCUAUGUGUGUCUCUCUCUAUCUAUCUAUCUGUCUCUAUGUGUGUCUCUCUCUAUCUAUUUAUCUCUGUGUGUGUCUCUAUCUAUCUAUCUAUCUAUCUAUCUAUCUCUGUGUGUGUCUCUAUCUAUCUAUCUAUCUCUGUGUGUGUCUCUCUCUAUCUGUCUCUGUGUGUGUCUCCCUCUCUCUAUGUCUCUCCAUCUAUCUAUUGUCCUUGUUAA